UCCGCACCAGCACCAGCACUGGAACUAGCACUCGAUAAUACCUACAGUAUUAUCCGCAACUCUAUCCGUUUCACCGUAGUAUUUGCGAAUUAUCGCAUCUUACAUACUCGUAUUCGUACUCGUACUCGUCGCGAAUUUUUUUUCUUUUUCUGUCGUCGCAUUUCGCAUUCCGCAUUCUCAAAUACUCGCGUUUGUUAUUUUUUGUAAUUUUUUAUUUAUCGUUGGCAGAAUCAUUCGUUCCUUCCUGCCUGCCUGCCUGCCUGCCUGCCUGCCUCAAUUCAUCCUACCCCACUGAGAAAAUUGUUCGUUCAUCUUUCGCAUUCUCGGUAGCAGCUUCUCGUCACGGUUCUCAUCUACUCGAUAAUUGCUCGCUGAUUUGACCAAAUACGCGCGCCAACCUACAACCUAUGCGCUGGUUAUUCGCAACUCGCUAUUCGCAAUUCGUACAUGCACGUUUACACAUCAUAUGCGGUCACUGACGCUGACGCUGACGCUGACACUGUGGCAGUGGCUGUGGCUGUGGCUGUCACCUACGAGUAUAAACAUCGUCGCUGUACCAGUAUUUCCAUUUCGCCAUUGAAAAGCGCCGCAGUGGCUACGUUUUCAUCCUUUAGUGCUCGCGCCGUCGAUUCGCAUUCGCAUUCGCAUUCGCAUUCGCAUUCGCGUCCAAAUCUCGACGGUAUUUUUGUAAUCGUUUUCAACCACCACCUCGACCGCCGCCGCCGCCGCCGUACCAAAUGGUGCUGUGUUGAAAAUGUUGAGGAAAAUUCGCGCGGCCGAGCGGUGGCGUCGUAAAUCGACGACGGACAUGCGUAUGAUCGCUGCAAACGCGUACACAGACGCACACGCACACGUACACGCACACGCAAGCGAACGUGCAGACUCAGACUCGGACGCGAACCGCGACCAGAAUCGUCCGUACUGCCGACAUCCGCAUUUGCAACUGCAACUGCAGCAACCGCUUCGGGGCCAGGGCCAGGGCCAGGGCCAGCGCCAGCACCUACGAGUAACUCGAAUCCUGAACCAAAAUCAACGGUAUCGUCGAUACCACCGCCGGCUGGCCCUCGAGCAACAGCAUCAACGUCAGUGUCGCCUGCAGCACAGUCGCCGCCGUCGUCGUCGUGAUCAGUACACCACGACGAGUUGGCUGACGGCCAAUUGUGACUGCGCCGCUGCCGCCACCACCACCACCACCGCUAUUGUCUUCUCCACCGUCUCUUCUUCAUCUUCCUUUUCCUCCGGCUCCGGCUCUGACUCCGGGUCCAUCUGCUCAACAUCGUCGUUGCCUUAUUUUUGCUCAUCUUCGUCGUACCGCUGCUCAGCCUCGCCUUGCAGCGCGAGUGUGCUCGUUCGUUGCGCGUCGUAAUCCUAAUCCUAAUCCUAAUCGUAAUCCUAAUCGUAAUCGUAUUCGCAAUUGCGAUCGAGAUCGAGGUCGAGAUCACGCGGCGCGACACUACGUAUAACCAAACGAACGAUAUGAGCGCGCGCAGAUUAUGAUAUUGAUACGAAAAUUCGCCAGAAUUUAUUCUUAUUUUCCUCACAUAAUUCUCAUGCUAAUGUUUCGCUUACUACUGUACGGAGAGCAGCAGCAGCAACAGCACCUUUACGUCGACGCGACUAAAAUUGCGACGACCGUACAUUCGCCUUCGCCUUCGCCUUCGGCUUCGUCUUCGUAUUCGCCUUUGUCGGCGCAUACGCGGCACACGACCCCAGUUACCGCUACCGCUACCGCUACCGCUACCAGUCGUGGAAAUACCAGUCACAUUGUCUACUCGCAUAAUGCCUACGUCGGGGCGAGCAUAGCCGGUGGCACUGGCACUGGCGCUGGCGCCGGCGGCGAACGUGUCGUCAGCCGAACAGGCAGAGGCAGCGGCAGUGACGACGGCGGCGGCGACGGCGGCGACGGCGACGACAACGGCAACGUUGCGGAAAUAUUUAUCGCCGUCAUUUACCCAAAGUCGAAAGAAACUGUUUACAGUCGCGUCAUCAAGCAGACGGUGGCGUCUCUGUCGCAAGACUUCACAUCGGCGACUAGUCUUCGAGUGGUGCCGCACUACACGGCCAUCGCCGACACCGAAGGCUACAACAUUCGAGAAGUGCAACAAGUGUGCGAAGCUUGGAACCACAAGCCCAUUAUCGCCGCCGUCGUAUUCAGCACAUUCAAAUCCGGAUUCGGACACGUUUUGACCUCGCUGCACAACAACAUACCGGUACUGUGGGCGACCGGCGAAAUACAAGCCGGCUACUUCGAAAGGGUGCCGCUGAGUCGUUUCGACGUGCGCCUGGAUCCGAGCUCGUACGAGGUGCUCAGAUCGCUGCGAUCGUUCUUGUUGGCGACGCACUGGCACGCCUUCACCGUCAUGCACACGACCACGUUGCUCGCCAGCCAAGCCUACCAAGACAUCAUCAGUCAGCCACCGCUGCUGCCCACCGUAUUGCAGUUCAGACCAGACUCGACAUCUUACUACAUUUUUCGCUUACUGUCGGAUGUGUCGAAAUCGACGAAAGGCGUUAUCGUUCUGAUAUGCGAAGGCGCAGACGCUAAACGCGUUAUCGAAGAGAGCAAAAAGCUCAACAUGGUGAACGGCGAUUUCGUGUGGCUGUGGAUCGAUACCAGCGCCAUGCUAAUCAAGGAUAAAACCAUCAAAUUGGAGAAAGUUUCCAAAGAAAUCCAUUUCAUAGUGGAGACGCGCAAAGUUAGACACGCGUCCGCCGUCGUAUCCGCCGACGCCGACGCCGAUACAACUGCAGCAGCGAUGGCGGCGUCAAUGGCGACCACAGCCACGACCACCGCCGCCAGCAAGCAUGCCAAUAGCGUCGGUACGCCGCCACUAGAAGCCGACCAUCACCCAAACGGCGGCGGCGGCGGCAGCGGCAGCAGCAGCAUCCAAAAUGGCGCCGCUCGUGCUGCCGACAGUAAAAUACGCGUUACGGCGGCGGCGGUGAUGAACGAAGCGACUCGUAGCGGGUUCGGCUCGAGGCCGGCUGCGUCUACCGCAGCCGCAACCGCAGCCGCAGCUGCAGCGGACACGUCUUACCCAUACCAAAAUAAGACUGAUAACAAAAACAAACGACGACUAACGUACAAAUAUCAUUACAAUACCGUCGUCGAUAGUAACGACGUGUAUACGCGCCGUCGUUAUCACGAUCGCCACGACAACGAUAACGAUAUGAAUAAUUCAAUUGGUAGCCACGACGGCGGCGUUCGAAGCGACAGCGACAGCGGCAGCGGCAACGGCAACGGACAACGGGAUGCGAAUGGCUACGGCCAGUACUACACUUUCGAAAGCGACGGCAAAGUGUCGCAUAAUGCCAGCUUAUUCGCCGCCAAUAGCAUCAUCGCGCCCAUUUCCAACGUCUACAAACGGGAUGGCGAAGCGGCAGUGGCGGCGGCCGCUGCGGCCGCAGCCGCCGCCGCCGCUGCGUCCUUCAAUACUUUAAUGAAACAUCAUUUUUCGUUGUAUCGCAAGAAAGGCAGGAGAAUGGCAAGCGCAACCGCAACCGCAAUGGCCAACAAAAACUCGAUCAGCAACGCUAGCACCGGUGCAACGGUAUCUGCAGCGACGUUGGCGGCGGUGGCGACGGCGACGGCGACGACGGCUGCUGCUACCACCACCACCACCACCACUACCACUACAUCCAAUAGCGACGGCGAUCGACAAUCGCCAACCACAUCCGUGUCUUUAUCCGCCAAUGCUAACCGAUACAACGAGGACGCGGCGGCGGCGGCGGCGGCGGCGGCGGCGUUGUUUCUAUCUGUGAUAAAACCAAACGGCGGCAGCGACAGCGACAACCACCGCAAGUACCAGACAAACAGUUGGAAACAUUGGUCGACGUCGCCGACGUCGGUGUCAGCGUCAGCGUCCGGGCCUCAUUUGAUGGACCGUCAGAAUCGCAGUCGUUACUCGCGCUAUCCGACCAAAGACAACAACGAGCGAGGGCAUCUUUUUCGUAACUCUUCGACACGGCGUAAAAUCAAACGGGACGAAAAGUACUCGACGAGCGGAUCGGUGCCAUUCGAAGCUGAUAAAGUUGCCGCUUUAAAGCGACCAUCGAACGAUCCUAAAUCACCGCUACCGCCACCGCAGCAGCAGCAGCAGCAGCAGCAGCAGCAAUGGUACCAUCAUCACCACCGGCAGCACUCGGCGUCGUCGCAAUUAUCGUCUUCACCCGCACCGUCGUCUGUAUCGGCGUCUUCGCAACAACGAUACAAAUUCUCCAUUUCCGGCGCUCAAUUAUUGUCAUCGUCCGUCGAGCAACAUCAAUUGCCAGAUAGCGGCAGCGGUGACCCUCGCGUCGACGUGGUCAAACGCACAGCCGUCCAUUUCUCGCCGCAGCUGCAGCCGCCGUCACCGUCGUCGCAAACCUCGCACGACGAGUACCAUUCGCACUCGAACGCGGAGGCGGACUCGGCCACUUCGUCGCACCACUUGGACGUGCCCAUCUUCCUGGACAACAACUGGACGCAACCGGUGGGGUUGAAAAAUAAAAGCGUGCCCGAAAUGCCGGUCGGCAUACUGUCGUUGCAACUCGUGCCCUCCAAAGUGGACAAAAACUACGUGAAAAGCGCUUUAAAGUUGCUGAUCGGCACCAUGAAACAGGUCAUCGUGCAGUACGGCGACGCCAAGCUGUCCAAAUUGUUGGAUUUGCCCAGAAUAUCGUGUUUCGACUUUUUUCCAGUUGCGCACGGUCCUAAUUCCAUCAUGGAAGAAUUGACACGCAAUUUGAAACGAUCGGUACGCGAAGCGAUGGCCGGCCGAUUUAAAUUCAACGACGGCCACUCGGCGGCAGCCGCCGCUGCCGCAGCCGACGAAACGUUCAACUCGAGUUUGGCGGCCAAAUUCAAGAUUUUGAAUUUAGUUCCCGACGAUAACAGAUCGGAAAACAAGACGGCGUUAGAGUCGCGAAAAUGGCGAACCAUCGGACACAUGUUGGGUGAGGACACUGUUCAUUUGGAGACGAUAGUGUGGCCUGGCGGAGACAUUGUACCCGUGUCCACCGGCAGAGGCUCCAGAAGCAUUUUCCGAAUAGUUACCGCCUUUUCUCCGCCAUUCGUCAUGAUUGGUGAGCUCGAUGAAGAUGGACAAUGCCUUCGUGGUAUCGAAUGUCACCAGUUUCUCACUUCGGACAAGGAUAAUUUAACGCUUUUGUUCAAUGAAAUGGAAAGAACUGAAGAAGAAGACGAAGUGAACCUGUUGGAUCGGUUGCAGUUGGAGAAAAGACACAUGUGGGGUGACAUGGAUAUACGGCAGCAUCAUCCCGGGCAUAAAUUCAAAACGAAUUGCUGUUACGGCUUGUCGAUGGACCUGCUGGAAAAUGUAGCCGAAGAGUUGGAGUUUGACUUUCAACUUUACAUCGUGGCAGACGGUCUUUUCGGCACAAAAACCAUUUCGGAGAGCGGAGAACAGAAAUGGAACGGCAUAAUGGGCGAUUUAGUCUCCGGAGCGGCGCACCUAUCUUUUUCGGCGCUAAGCGUCAGCAGCUCCCGGGCUCAAGCUAUCGACUUCUCAGCUCCUUACUUCUUCAGCGGAGUAUCGUUUCUGGCGGCGCCAAAAGAAAGCACCGACAUACCUCUACUAGCUUUCCUGUUGCCAUUCAGCUCCAAUCUGUGGAUCGCCAUAUUCACGUCUUUACACGUAACAGCAGCCGCCGUCGCCAUCUACGAGUGGUUAAGCCCUUUCGGUUUGAACCCGUGGGGCAGACAAAGGAGCAAAAAUUUCGGGGUAGCUUCGGCACUUUGGGUGAUGUGGGGAUUGUUGUGCGGCCAUCUGGUACAGUUCAAAGCUCCAAAAUCUUGGCCCAACAAAUUUCUAAUCAACGUUUGGGGAGGUUUCAGCGUCAUAUUUAUCGCCAGCUACACCGCCAACAUAGCCGCCUUGAUCGCCGGCUUAUUUUUUCAUACCGCUGUCGGCGAUCAUCACGAUAGAAGCCUUUUGACGCAGCGAGUUGGAGCGCCGAAAGCUUCAGCCGCCGAAUACUACGUGCGAAGUACCAAUCAAAUAUUAUGGGACCAUAUGCAACGAUACUCUGUCAUUUCAGUCGCCGAAGGAGUUCAGUUGUUGAAAAAUGGCAGCUUGGACAUAUUGAUAGCGGAUACGCCGAUACUGGACUAUUAUCGGGCUACAGACCACGGUUGCAAGUUACAAAGAAUUGGCGAUACCAUCAACGAAGACACGUACGCUAUCGGAAUGACCAAAGGAUUUCCACUCAAGGAUAGUAUUUCGUCGGUUGUAGCCAAAUAUUCCAGCAACGGCUACAUGGAUAUUUUGCAAGAAAAAUGGUACGGAGGAUUGCCGUGCUUCAAGCUGGCUACAGAUAUGGCGCAGCCCAGGCCUCUCGGUGUUGCCGCUGUUGCCGGCGUCUUCCUGAUGUUGGGAUGCGGCGUUGUUGUCGGCUGUUUGAUUCUAUUCUCGGAGCAUAUGUUCUACAAGUACACGUUGCCAUCUUUGAGGAAAAAACCAAAAAGUUCCAUGUGGAAAAGUCGCAACGUUAUGUUUUUUAGCCAGAAACUGUACAGAUUUAUCAAUUGCGUGGAACUAGUUUCACCUCACCACGCCGCCAGAGAAUUGGUGCAUACUUUGAGACAGGGUCAGAUAACCAGUCUGUUUCAAAAAAGCGUUCGAAGAGUAAGUAGCCGCGCCCUCCAGGCUAAGGUAGCCUGUAGUACUCGUUGGCCUUACUUACGGCGCGGCUCCUGCGAAUAUUUGUAUGUGUCGCUGCUGAUCUUGAUUACGAGUAACAUACGAAAAGAACACGAGCAACGACAACAACAACAAAAGAGUAAAGCGCAAUUUUUCGAAAUGAUUCAAGAGAUCAGAAGGGUUCAGCAAGAAGAACGUAAAGAUGGCGACAGCGGCGGCGGCGGUGGUGGUGGCAGAAUCCGAGCUGGCAAAAUAAGUCCUAAGAAGAAAUAUUACGCUAAUAAAAAUGCGCCGCAAAUAUUACUCAGCCCUACCGGACUGCUGAAGCAUCGCAAUCGAUUGUCACCCGCCAGAUUGGAUUUCGCGAGACGUUUAAGCAAGGACGUGUUCAGAUCGAAGAGUUCGGGAAACUUGGACGUGAGAAGAAUUAGUUCCGAUAUCAACGUGGCGGCCGGAAGAUUUUUCGAUUUUUACAGCGCACAAGCGAUCGGUCGCCGAUUGAGUCACGGCAGCGGCACCGCGUCCGCCGCUGGCGCCAACGUCACCGCCACCGCCGCCGCCGAUGCCGACAACAGUCCACCAGACUUGAAUGCCAGAAGAGCUAGUCAAUAUUUCAGGCCGGCGGACGAUAAUGUCUUUUUCGCCGCCACCGCCACCGCCACCUCGCACACCGCCAACCCAUCCCCAACUGGUUCCGACGUGCCAGCGGGAAUGACGGCCGACGCGUUUGCGCAACGCAAAACCAUCGCGUCCAGUCCUUCGGACAGCAAUUUGGUGGGCUUUAAAAGUCCCAAGAGUCCUACUUCGGUGUACUCGUCGUCGUCGCCCACCGCCACCGCCACCGCCAAUAAUAUCCUUUCACCGAGUAGCCGCGCUUCCAACUCGUUUUUCUCACGCGACAUCGGACCGGUGGCGGCUAGAAAAUUCAGCAACGUCGACUCGUCCUCAUUCCGAGGAGGUUUGAAAAAUAAAACGCCGCAGGCGCCGCCUAAAGUUACCAUCAACAAUCGAGAAUUUUUCGGAUACGACGAUGGAGCGUCGCCGGAACACGUCGAUUUCGCGGACUCCGGCGCUGAUGGUGAUGGCGACGGCGACGGCGACGGCGAUGCAGACCCAUCACCAGCGAACCGACAAUACACCGCCUGCCAUGUUGCUCGAGGUAUCGUCGAUGGUCGUGGUAACUCGUCGUCGGUAGUCGAGUCUUCGGAACAUAUUAUAGAAAUUGUGAUACCUUCGUCAUCAACGACGACGACGACGGCGACGGCGGCGGCGCACGUUACUGCAGGCGGCAGUGGCAGUAAUUGCGACACUGGCGGCGCCGCAAAAGCGUCUCCCUCUUCGUUGUACGAGUGCCGCGUACACGUUGUUAAAGACGACAACGACGACGACGAUGUUAGCAGCCUUACAACUGUUGCGGUAACCAAAGCGCCAACUGCCAACACCAACGAUGCCGAAACCAAUGUCGUAGCGCCAGCGCCAGCGCCAGCGCCAGUUCCAGACUACGACGACGUCGCCGUCAAACCAAAGAUAAUACUACACUUGCCACCGUCGAAGAAGACUCUUACGACGAUGCGCCAGCGUCGUCGACUGGGCCGCCUCUCAAAUUCUGAAGAAACGCGCGACCGCGACCGCGACCGCAACUGCGACUGCGACAGCAACCCGGACACGGAUGGAGGCGCUACCGUCGUAAAUUCGCCGUUGCAACGUUUGUCCAGAGACGAGCUUAUGUCACUUUUACAACUUUCCGAAAAAGAGUUGAAAGAAAAUUUACUAAAAGCUUGGCACGCCAAAGAACCCACGUGACGCGAUCACGCCAAUGCCGACGCCGUCACCGCACUCUGCCAUACGUAGACGUACGACUACGAGUACACCUAUCGAUAAUUGGUGGAUUACGCUGAAAUCACGGCGGCGCCUUUUCACUCUCAGGUCGUACGAGCACAAUACCUAGUCGACGAUAGCCAGAGCCGGAGCCGGAACCAGAACCAGAAGCAGAAGCAGAACGCUUGAUCGCAGUUGAUUGACGAGCAGUUACACUUACGAGUAUGUGGUGCCUGCAACCUGCAGGUGACAUUGGCGAAUUGUGUGCGGCGCGGUAGAAUGGCAGAACGGCAGAACGGCAGAACGGCACAGUGCACACCUCAUAAGCGCCGACCAUUGUUGUAAAAAUAUGCCGGUAGAAAUAGGCGCGGCGCCGCUCACACCCUGUUGUCCACAAUUGUAUGUACACAUACACAUACACAUACUGUACUCGUAUUUGUGUGCUACGAAUAAAGUACAAGUAGGACCUGCCAUGCCGCCCUGUCCCCCGGCGACCGCGACCGUGUCCUACACGCAGCUCACUUUCAUAUAAGUAGGUACGUAUAGGUAUAGGCUUAGGUACAUAACGAUAGCGCAAACUAAGUGGUGGCUAGCUUACCCUACAUACACGUACGUAUAGGGACGUAUGUACACACGUACCCGCUCCUACAUUGGACAGCAGACAAUUUGCAAUCAACGCGCCCAUCGCGUCGGCCGAAAACAGCUAGGUAGGUAUCUGCUGCGGGCUACGUAGGUACUUCUACUUACUCGUACCUCUACCUACGUACUGUAAGCAUUUGAAUAUCUACAAUAGGUUUUUUGGCCUUGGCCUUGGCUUUGGCUUCGGUUACGACCCGACGCGACGCGACGCGACGUGUCAAAAGUGAUCCACGCCAUCGCCACUAAGUAUUUUCACACUCUGCCUCUCUGAUCUGCAACAUAAUGUUGUAAGAGUAGACUCGCGAUUUCAAAAAAGUCGAUCGCGAUCGUAUGGCUACCUCUACCUGUGUAGGUAGGUAAGUUGAUGGGUAGGUAGUUAGGUAGGUAGGUAUAACGUCACCUCACGUCACGUCACGUCACGUCACGUCGGAUAAGUCGUAUUUUUUAUUCGAACAGAUGCUCGGCAUCGUCUUCGACAUUUUACGAACAAAUGUCAAGCAGAAUAGUCACCUUUAGCUAACACGUCUUACUUAGUUAGGUAGGUAGGUACAUCUUACGUAGAUAAGCCUAAUUGAAAUAUGGGUAAAUUGAAAAGAUGAUUUCGUUUAAAAUUUCAGCUCCAUCCAUCCGUCCAUCCAUCCAACCAACCAACCAACCAACCAACCAACGUAGGUCUAGGUAUCGUACGUGGUUUGUACUCGUAAUUGCGUGCACGGUGCAUGUGUACUGUGUAGUGCGAGUGUGUACUGUGUAGGCUUACGUUGGUACGAGUAUAGCUCUAGCUAUUUCAUACCAACUCGCGAGUGCGCUGAAAUAUAGAAGGGCUCAGUUCCAAAUCGGCCCAAGUCCAUUUUUUCCGUUUCGAGAAAAACGCAAAUAACUGUUUUCCUCGCCCUUCCGCUUCAAUAAUACAUAUAUGAUGUGAUUAUAUGGUUGUGAAGCUUGAUCUUUCUGCUUUAAAGUACCCUAUUGGUAUUUUAUUAAUUUUGCGUAUUUUCAGCUCCAGAGCGCGUCAAAGAGUCAGAAAAAGUGGACUUAGGCCACUUUGGAAUUAUCUGACCUUAAAAAUUUCGAAAAAGAGCUGAUAAAAUGCGUUUUCAAAAAAAAAUUCACGAAUUAUUAAUUUAAUGCAUUUCUGAAACAAUUUCAUUCAAAGCACCUUCAAAUUUCGUCUAUUCUAAAAAAAAAAAAUGAGUAAAAAAAAUUGAAAAAAAAUAUCAAAAAUAUUGAAAUUUAUUUUGUGGUAUAGGAAUCGGUAAUAUUUGUACGUACAUACCAAUUACCAUGAUGAAUAAUACAUACGAAAACGCCUUCACUCGAAAUCGUAACGAAAUCGUUGAAAAAUUUCUAAAAAAAAACUGCGCUUGUUUACAAAUAUUCGUAAAAAAUGUAUUCGGGCCGAGCAUGCUAAUAAGGCAAGCGGGAACUCAAGCGGGAGACCACUUGAAAUUUUACAUUAUUUAAGGGAAAAAAUAAUUUCCAGGCAAAAUUUGUUUGAAAUUUACGUGUUUCAAAAAUUAAUUGAAAAAAUUAAGAUGUUUUUAUAAGAAAAAAAGUGAAAUUUCAAGCGGUCUCCCGCUUGCUUUUUGUACAAAAAUUGGCGCAUUAUGCUUCGUGCUCGGAGCUCGGUCCGAAUGAUUUAGGUCACUUUGGAAUAAUCGGAUUUUUUUUCCGAGCCGGCAAAACAGCGCUCCUGAGCGAAAAAAGUAACGCCAGGUGUUGGGACAAGGUUCUAUAGGUGUUAACCGACCUGUACCACCAGAUGGCGCUGCUAACUCAAAAAUGAAAAAAAUGGACUUAGGCCAACUUGGAAGAACAACUGAGCCCUUUAUAUUAUGUACCUACCUCUAAAAAAGCUUCAACUUACUCGUAUGUUCGAUAUUUCGCUUUCGCUUACGCGGUCGCUGUGACGUUGGAUUGGACUGAUAUUGAUAUACAUAACAUUCCUUCAUCACUAACUACAUACUUAUCCGCGAGUAUUUCAGUUUUCACAUCAUCAAUCUGUAUUUUUAACAACGGAACAGCUUUCUUUGUGGUAUGGUAUAGUCGUGUACCCCGAAAAUAGUAGUUUGUUCAACUAGGGAGUAAAAGUGAUUUUCGACGACUUUCGAGGUUUAUCGCCUGAAGUAAUAAAAUUCAAAAUCGUCGAAAAUCACUCUUACUCGCUGGUUGAAUGAAGGGCUAAUGGUGAAAGUCGCCUUAGUCGGAAGUGAUUUUUUUACAAAUCGAUGAAAACUUUGUUGUCCUAGGUACUCCAAUGGUAGGUAAUGUAAAAACUUUAUGGUCGCGCGAGUAUUUAAAAAACAUCUUCAACUAUCCCAGAAUGCGUUACAAUACUCGUGUUUCACUUUAAAAUUGAUGAAAUAUGAAAAAAAAAAGUUUAUUGUGCGAACAAAAAAAUGACUAAGGCGGUUUCCACCAUUGGCCCUUCCUAUAUAAGUAUGUAAUUAUUUUUCGUUUUGAGGAAGAAAAACGUCAGUAUUCGCGGAUUCACGCAAUGUGGCUGACAUCUGGCGGAUUUUCGCAUAUAAAUUCUGAAAAGGGGAUACUGUGCAAAAUUGUGAUAAAUAAGACAUUUUUAUAUCGAGACCCAAAUUUGCAACUAUACAUACGUAAAUGAUUCGAAUUCUUUGCGCAAUUGAAAAAAUUUAUGGUGCCAGAACUCAUUCGCAAACGUAUUGUAAACGAAAAUGAGAAAAUAGUUCAUCAGCAAAAAGAGUCGUUUAUGUCUUUGAGUGAAGAAAAAAAUUGCUGGCCACUAAAUUAUUAAUUUUUGCAUCGUGAAUUGUAAUCUGAUUGGUCAAUAGUCUCCAGUAUCCCCUUUUCAGACUGAAUUCGCGAAUUUACUCGCAAAAAUCAGAAGCUGGAGCAAAAGUAGCGCUUUUUCUCCCUAAAUAACGAAAAAGUUGUUUGCCAAACGUUUCGGCUGAUCACAGUGAAAGAUGGACGAUAAUGAUAGCACCUGAUUGGUUGUUGGGCUGACGUGUGGUGUGGUGGGGUGAGGUGAGGUGAGGUGAGGUGAGGUGAGGUGAGGUGAGGUGAGGUGAGGUGAGGUGAGGUGAUAACAUUCCACCAAUUACACGUACAAAUAUGCGUUUACGUUAUUUAGGGAGAAAAAGUGCUACUUUUGCUCCCCCUUCUGAUUUUUGCAAGUAAAUACUGGCGUUCUUCUCCCUCGUAACGAAAUAGUAGAUAUAUUACAACACAGUAGACGGAAGUGAAUGAUUUCUUGUCGAGUGCGUGGGCGAGUGAAAACUUUUCCUACUGUGAUUGAAAAAGUGACGGAAAAGAAUUUUCAUUGACUAAUAUGAGAUGGAAAGAGAAAUUUUUUCAAUCGCAGUAGGAAAAAGUGUAUUUUCGCGGUGGUUAAACGGGGGUAAAAUGCUACAUUUUCAUUUUCGUAGCAUGUAUAACGAAAAAUAUAUUAAGUAUUCAACCAGUGAUUAAGAGUGAUUUUCGACGAUUUUGAAUUAUUUAAGGCAGUAAAUCUCCAAAUUCGUCGAAAAUCACUUUUACCCCCUAUAGGAUAAACUACUAGAUAUUAUUUCACGUUAUCAACCUAGGUUUUUAAUUAUAAAAAAAUUUUCACGCGUUUACCUACUCGACGUUUUUGCACGUUCACGUAUUCUACCUACCCACCUACCCACUAACAAUCUAUCUUUCUAUCUAUCUAUCUACUUACCUACCUGCCUACCUACCUACCUAUCUAUCUAUCUGUCUAUCUAUCUAUGUAUGUAUGUAUGUAUCUAUCAUCUAUUUAUCUAUUUAUCUAUCUACACCAGUUAUUGUUACUUUUACUACUACCUAUCGUUAAUACUGUUAUUACGAAUUCGUUUCUUGUUAUUUUAAAUUUCGCUCAUACUAUUUGUACGUAUUGUAUGUAUUAUUCGCAAUUAUUGCGUCGUAAUUGUUGACUUUUUUGUCUUGUUUAUUUUUCUUUUCUUCUCCUUUUUUUCAUACCACGAGUACCUUUGCGUCUACUUAUAUACAUAUACCUACGUACUUUUGCGUAUUUUUUGUACGUAGUUCCUCUACCUACCCACCUAAUUAUCUAACUCAACCACUCGCGUUAAUUUUGUCUGUUACCUACCUACCUACCUACCUACCUACCCAGUACCUACAUUGCGCUUACUGGUGACGGUGGUGGCCAAAACUAACAUGAAAAAAAUAAUUACAACAGCAUUCGAGUUGAGCGGUGGGUGAAUUUUUCGUUCUGUACCUACACCUACUAACUACUUAUUUUUGUACUAACAUAAGUAAAGUAUAGCCUUUCUACUUACGCGUAGACCGUAGUUAGAUACUCGUCGUGCAGCUGCAGACAGUUACGAUGUGAUCUGAUUGCAAGUUCCAGUUACCAGUACCUACCGCGAAUCUAUAGGUACGAGUAUAUAGGUACCUUAGGUAAUUGUAUCGUACAUACUCGUAUGUCGUAUGUGUAUGCUGUAUGCGCUAGUACUGAUUCUCGUACGGUUGGUCCGAUGAAUUAAGGUGGGUACUAGAUACUAGGCAGUAGGCGCUACGCGCUAGGCACCUACUACCUACCACUUAUUUUUAAAUUCCGUAUUACCGCAUAUACACGUACAAGACGUAAUCCUUCGCAUAUGAACAGGUAGAGGUACAUAUCUACCUAUUACCUACCUAGUUUUGUUGUUUGCAGAAUACAAAACAGCUAUAACGGUGCGGCAGGUACCUACCUACUUACUUACUUACAAGACAAGCACUCGAGAUUUCCACCUGCGAAUUGAACGCUGAACGCGGAUCGCAAAACGCGACCCUCUCCCCCCACUCAAACACCGAAAUUUCGGUUGCACAAAUUCAUUACAUACCUAGUGUAGGCAAUUCCUAUUACCUGGUACGGUACGUAUGUACGUAUGUAUUUACCUAUACCUAUAUUAGAUUUUCGGCGAAUUUCAAAAAAAUACAUAGGUAUAAAAAUACCGCUUUGAAAAAAACAAAAAACGAAACAAAACAAGUAGGAAAAUGUAAGCCUAACAACGAGUAGGUAAUUACGGUAUUGAUUUAAGUAGAAAAAGCGAAGACGAAAAUUACGUAGCUAAUGUAUUACCUACUCGUAUUAGCAGUUAGCACCGACGCGACGCGACCGAGGGAAAUGCACUGAAAUGCAAAUAAACUCGCUGAACAGUGAACAGCCACGACCACCGAACCGAGUUGCACUUGCCCACUCGCCGCUCGCCGUUUACCUGUAGCUCAAAGUGGGUUCGGGGUCGGGGUUGCGAGCCGCGAGCCGCCACCGCAAUCCUAGCCACUUCUUUAUAGCUACCAUAUCCUAAGUACUACUACUUACUCGCAUUAUUUCCUCUUCCUUACUUACCUCCGUAUAUACUUACUUACUUACUUACUUACUUACUUACUUACUUACGUAGUUACCUAUGUCGGCUACGUCUAGGUAGGUACCUAUUUCGUUUCAAUUUACUUUUUUACGUAGAUACGUAGCUGAUAUGUGCAUUUACUUCACGUUGAGUAAACAUACGUUAGAUAGGUACAAUUACGCUUGACUAAACAGUUAAACACGUAUACAGAUACUCGUACACACAGUACACGCAUGUACAGUGUACACUACACCGUAUCAGCAGUACCAUUACCGUAUUAUACGUAUACAUACGAGUAUAAGUACAGUAGGUACGUAUAGGUGUAUAAAUUGUGUAAGUUGGAAAAAAUACCUACAUUUUUCGUUACACCCUAAGCAAUUUGUUGUCCAUGUCGUCGUUGUCGUUAUUAGAGCUAUACCAUAGUAUGUCUUUAUAGGAAAUCAUUUAUUAUACAACUUCCUAUCUGUAUACCUACCUGUAUUUUGUAUGUAUUUUUACUGUUACCAAUCCGCACACCUACCUACUUACCUGCGAGAGUAUUUGUAGGUAUGUAGCUAAGUAUACCGUACAACGAAUAAGAUUAAUACAUACAACGCGUUGAUUACGUAGAAUAUUUUUAUUUAUACAUUUUUUUAUUCCCUACCUAUAUUUAUGACCGACCGACCUACCUAUUAAUAUUAUUGUAUUUUUUGGGUCGGGUUUUGUUUUGUUUUAUUUUGUUUUCGUUUGUUUGUUUGUUUAUUUGUAUGUUUUUUGAUAAGCGUCGCGUCGACGCCUGUCGUUAGACGUUCAUUACUCCACCACACAUCUACGUAUAUUGUAUUAUUGUACUUGUACUAUUGUUACGCCUUGUUAACUUAUUAAUAAAGUUUAUUAUUGUUAGAUUUUUAAA